CGUGUGGUUUCCUUUUCUUGUGCCGUAGAUAAAUUCAAUGUCAUUUCGCAAAAAUGACCGAUAAAACACAAAAGAAACGUAAAACGCAAUGCAUCGACCUCACGGCCGAUGAAGGUAACACUUCCGAAAUGGGGUCACCAACGCCGAGCAGCAGCAGCAGCAGUAAUAUUGAACAACUUUGCGAGGAGGGACAAAGGGUGAUCUUGGAAGGGAUGAAGGCGGUCAACGCAAUGCCGUCUGGGAAGUCGCGCGACCUAUAUGCAACUCAUCCCACGUUUAUCAAAAUCAUGGACUCGCAGGCGAAUAAGAUGUUGAAUAUAAUAUCGAACGUUUUGAAGAUGCAGGGAGUCAAAGGCAACAUUCAGCAGCGCGAUUCAGAAGAAAAGAUAGAGAUGAUACAGGAAUUCAACGACAAUAUCCUAGAGCGUAUACACUCCAGUCUGGAUGAGAUGGCUGGCAUCAAGAAGAAAGCACCGACCGUGCUGGUUCAAGCGGAGGUACAGGUGGCACCGGUUCCUCGGUACCGUUUGAGUGGGGCAUGGAACGAGCAACAGCAACAGCAGCAACAAAAUGCCAAUCCCAUCAAAGCCACUCUGAUCACGGGCACAAACAUUGCUCGUCCGCAGGCGAACUUUAAGGUACCGGUAGAUAACUCCCCAUUGAACUGCUUCGUGCCGAAGAUUCGUGAAAAGCCCAAUUCCCUCAAGCCCCUGGCCGUACUGCCCGAGUACGAUGAAGCCGGCAAUAUCGUUAGUUAUCUGCAUCCGUAUGAGCUUGAGCUGGAUAGAUUCUGUCCCACGAAGGAAGCUUACCAAAAGGUGACGCCCCAAGAACCACUUGUGCUCGAGGAAACGGAACUGGUGUUCAUCGACCAGGAGUCCCAGCUGGCGGAAUUACUGAGCGACCUCAGGCAGGCGAAGGAAAUUGCGAUCGAUUUAGAGCAUCACUCUUAUCGCAGCUUCCAGGGUUUUACCUGUCUCAUGCAACUCUCUACGCGAACGAAGGAUUACAUCGUCGAUACGCUGAAGCUGCGCGAUGAACUGCACGUGCUGAACGAGGUCUUUACCGACCGGAAGAAGCUCAAGGUGUUACACGGUGCGUUCAGUGACGUCGAUUGGCUGCAGCGUGAUCUGGGCCUUUACCUGGUCAACAUGUUCGACACGGCCGAGGCGGCCCGUGUGCUACAAUUUUCCCGCAUUGGGCUCCAGUUUCUGCUGAAACAUUACUGCAAAAUUGACACUGAUAAGGCGCUGCAGCUGGCCGACUGGCGUAUCCGUCCGCUGCCGGAAACGUUCAUCGAGUACGCUCGGAAGGAUACGCACUAUCUGCUGUACAUUUGUGAUCGGUUGCGGAACGAGCUGCUCGAGAAGGACAAAAAUCUGCUCGCGACGGUUUACGAAAAGUCAACGCUCCUAUGCAAGCAACGGUACGCGAAACCGAUCGUUAACGAGGACACAAUCAUGAACAUCUACCGUCGUUCGAGGUACGUGUUUGAUCAUCGGCAGAUGUACGCCUUGCGGGAGAUUCUCUACUGGCGCGACAAGAUUGCACGCGAGGAAGACGAAUCGACGGGGUACGUGCUGCCGCAGCAUAUGGCCCUGGACAUUGCCUCCAAGCUGCCGCGGGAAAUGCAAGGAAUUUUGGCCUGCUGUACGCCUGUGCCGUCGCUCGUCCGUCAGAAUCUGCACCAGUUGCAUCAGAUCGUACUGAAGGCGCGUGAUUUGGCCCCGGUAGCGAAGAUUCAGCCGAAUGUUGAACAGCAGGCGGACACACGCCACAAAAUACAAACGAUGUACGAUUUCAACAAUCCGCUCGUGUGUCCGCACGAUGAUAACCGCCAAGCGGGGAUCACCGGGGAGGGCGCAAAUAUGCCAACGUUGCUGGGUGAUUUGACCAACGUUUUCCAUGGUUUCGCAUGGGUCCCACAAAUCAAUAUGGCAUUGCUGAAGCGUGCACCUAACAUGGGUGUAAUUGCUGGUAAUGUAAUUACACCGAUCAACUCUCGCGGCCAAAUCGGGUUGAAUGAAAACGACAUCGGGAGUGAAAGGUUUGCAAAACUGGCCGCCCUGCACUACAAUGAAGAGAAAACAUCCGUAGAAGAGGGUGAAAAAACCAAUCGCCCCUACGAGCGAAAUAAAUUCAACACACCGUUCGAGCGGUACCAAGAAACGUGCCGUUUACGCAUCCUUAAGGAACAGAAAGCGGAGAAGGAUUUGGAGAUGCAACAGAUCCCUGCUGUUAGACAGGAUGUUGGUCAAGAUGAGGACGUCAAAGUUAUCGAAUCGCAACCAGCUCCGGCCACGAUCAUUGUCGUGCCGGAUGGUAGUCCGGAAAAGGUGAAACCCGCCAACAACCGGUUGCUCACUCAAAAGCAAUUGAAACGGCUCGAGGACGCGAAACUGCGGAAAGAUAUAGCAAGCGGAGAAAAACUGUGCUUCAGUGGAACUGCUGCGAACCAAAAGCAGCCAGCGGACGGGCCAAAACGCAAAUCGUUUCCGUUCGAAAUUAAUGUCUCGACUAGCUCGGUGGAAGGAGCGAACGACGAGCGCAAGGAGAAAUCGUUCAACGGUAAGCCACACAUGGAACCGUUCGUGGAUCCAGCGAAGUCCACGGCGAACGACCAUUCAAUGGACGAAGCGGACUGGCGUGGGAAGGCAGGCAAGCGCUGGCGGGAGAAACAGCGCACUCGCAACCGGCAAAAGGCGGCCAUUAAUCAACAAGGGGCAAAGCAGAGCUCGAACAAACCGGUCACGCCGUUCGAUUACAGUCAGGUCGAUUUCGGCAGGUUUCAGGGUGGCUCAAAGCCGCUACCGGUUCACCGCAAAGGUAAACGCCCUGCUCCUGGUGCGGGACUGAUGCACGACGGUGCCGGAGGGGGUCAAUCAUCGAAGCAGCUUCACCCGAACAGUCGCUUAGCUAAAGGAAUUAAGAAAACGCAGAAACUUUUCAAUUUGAGUAGUAGUAAUUUGAAGCGAAAAUAAGAUGGUAUACAUCUUGCUGAUAAAUUAAAUAUAAUAUUGCUGAUAAAUUAAAAAGAUUUAAUUCUUUUGAGAAAUAUAUUAUUCGUCCUUAAA